GUCCACCGGAAGCACAUGGCUGACCAGACCUGCGAGUGUCAUCGAGGCCCUGCUGCAGAACCACCACCAUCGAACUCGGGGCGCGGACUCCCGCCUGGCCGCGGCACAGGGGAGGAGGAGAGCAGAGCUACUGGCCCUGUGGAUGUUCCUUGAUAUUCAACUCCUUCCCUUUGGUUUUAAUGCACUUGGAAGAGAGCCAUUGGUAUUUACAUUGGCAGGAUUCAGUGAUUAAAGAUGGCAACGAUAAACAUUUUAAUUGUAACCAGUGCUGGUUGUUUGAACAAUGGUUCCUCUGCAGAGCAAAAUGGGAGAUGCUGAAACAGGCAAGAAGAUCUUUAUUCAGAAAUGUGCUCAGUGCCACACAGUAGAAAAAGGUGGAAAACACAAGACUGGUCCAAAUCUCUGGGGUCUCUUUGGCCGAAAAACAGGACAAGCACAAGGAUUCUCUUAUUCUGAUGCAAACAAAAACAAAGGUAUUGUCUGGGGAGAAGAUACUCUGAUGGAAUAUUUGGAGAACCCAAAGAAAUAUAUCCCUGGAACUAAAAUGGUCUUUGCUGGUCUUAAAAAGAAGACUGAGAGAGAAGAUCUUAUUCAAUAUUUGAAACAGGCCACGUCUUCAUGAAAUGCUAUUGCGGCUUCAAAAAUAGCAGUUAUAAGCCAGAAUUUUCCAAUUUUAAAUAUUGUGUCUUUUAAAAAGUCAUAUUUGAUCUUUCUUGAUCAGCGUAUAGUAAAUAUAAAGGUUUAAAAUAAAGGUUGAUGUAGUUGAUGUGUUUAGUGCUGAUCACAUGCACUCCACUGUGAAUGUGUGUUUGCUCACUAAGGAUGUGGAGAGAUCAAGAUGGAAGAGGAGAGGGAAGGAAACUGAAAUCUAUUGUGCUUCUGUAGUCAAAACACACACACAAUAUUUUAUAAGCCUAGCAACUGAUAUUGAUGAUGGAGAUAGUGUCCAUAUAGUUAUUUCUCUGUAAUUUAAAUACAAAUCUAAAAGACAUUAGCUUUAGUUUUCAUUCAGCUGUGCUUAGUUAUUUGUUUUGCUUUUACUGUAAGCAAUAUUUAAAGUAACUUUAGGGGAAAAAAGUAAAGAAAAUGAAAUUAAGUAGUUGACUUUAUCUUGAGAAUAUUUUCGGGAAAAAGAGUGAGUUGUUGAUUUUGAGUGAUAUAUAAUAAAACCAAUGGGGGGAGAAAAGCAUGUCCUGUAUUAAUAAACAUUUAUAU